UCUGUGGAAUUAACGCUGUUCUGCCCUUCAGUUUCCUAACUAACCUGGUCCUGUUCACUGUUAGCAACUCAAAGCUUGCUGUGAAUCUAGUGAGCAAAGUGCUACCUGGUGGCUCCUACACAACACUCAAAUAAUGGAUGGACCACCUCAGUUCUACACCACGUCUUUUCCCAUCAGGCGACUGCGAGGUGGCCAUUGAUAAUGACCAAGUUGUAAAGAAAAACUGGAAAGUGCGGGUGGGCCAAAAGAACCGUGUGAGCAUAAUCACCAGUGUAUGCCAGGCUGUCGUAGAUGGAAGUGAUGACCUACAAAAGCGCCCAGAUCUCUCUCCCAGGAAUUGGAGAAGAACCUUUGUCGAUGAAGAUUUUGGAGCUUUGGAGGAGGCCAUAAAUUUUGACCCAUACAAGAAUGAGUCACUUAGGAAAGAGAAUAAACAGCUUCUGCAGAAGUGCCUUGAACAAGUUUUCAAAGAGCAGAAUGCCAGAGGUGAUGGUGGUUGUACAGAUGACAUUGAUGAGAAAGUAAAGGAAAUCGAGAAGAAGAAAACAACCAGAAUUUGUCCAAACUGCCACACAGAAAUGCCCCCAAAAAGAGAAAGUGUGUCAAUCCCGAUUGCAGAGUAGACCUUAAGUCAGCAGGGGCACAGCUCACAGGUGAUAAUGUAUUGGGGACUGCUUUGCUGACUCCAGUUAGGGAGUAUAACACAAGGCGAAAGAUCACAGAGGUUGUUUUUGAAGAGGAAUGUGACACAGCAACUCAGAAAGUUGUGACUCACUUCCAGCAGUUCGAACCACCACCAUACGCAGACCUUUCUGAAGACCAUGGUAGAGGGAACAUGGUGCGAGCUGUUGGUACCAUACGUACGCGAGAAGAUUGAAAAGGGAGCGGAA